GAGACAAUUCUGGACUCCACGUUUGGUCCAGCUUUACUAUUUUUAAACCGCCAACCUCACAUUUUCUGUCAGCGGCGUCCCCCCUACGAAAUUUCUGUCAAAUUCUGGUGGACUCAGAACUUGUAAGUCAAAAACCUUGGAGCUGCGUCAAAAACAAACAACACAACACCGUCGAAAAGAAGAGGCGCCGCCAGGGUUUGGUUUGGUUUGGUUUGUUUGAUUUGUGUGUGUGUCUGUCUGUCUUUCCGGUAUUCCUUCGGCAUUCCUUGAGUAUUGAGAGAGCUUUGCCGCCAUCUCGCCCUCUCAACGCUCUGAAUCUACGACGGACAACAUAGCCUCUGCCACCUCUCUCUCUGCAUUCCCUUUCCGCGGCGCCGUUCCGGUUCUGUGUUGGGAUCUUGAGUUUCUCACUCUGUGCGCCAUAACAAUCAACAGUUUCAGACACUCCAUUCACAUCAUUCGUCGGAAUAACGUAUCUUAGAAUGGCGACCGCCUUGCAUUUUUCCGGAGUUAAAACUCUGUGCCCAUCAUCCUCAGAAAGAUCUUUGCAUUUCAAUCAACCACUUUUGUCACAAAGUCUUGGUUUCGCAACUUGUGUCGCUUCCAGCAAUGGAUUCUAUGCAAGUGCGAAAGACUUUUCUUGUACGAGCAGGGUUUUGAGAGUCAGUUGCGAGGGAGGGAUUGCAGAUGUUCUUGAAAAGAAACGGAAUGACAAUCAAAGCCUUGGCGAGAAUGAGAAACAAUUGACGUGCGUUAUGAAGUUUGGUGGCUCCUCGGUGGCUUCUGCAGAGAGAAUGAGGGAGGUUGCUGAUCUUAUACUCAGCUUCCCACAAGAGAGGCCUGUCGUUGUUCUUUCUGCCAUGGGAAAGACAACUAACAAACUCCUACUGGCAGGAGAAAAGGCCGUCACCUGCGGUGUUACCAAUGUAUCUAUGAUUGAUGAGUUGAGCUUCAUAAAAGAAUUACAUCUCAGGACCGUGGAAGAACUUGGAGUGGACAGCUCCAUCAUUUCAUCACACCUCCAAGAACUGGAACAACUUCUGAAGGGAAUUGCUAUGAUGAAAGAGUUGACUUUACGAACCAAAGACUAUCUGGUUUCAUUUGGGGAAUGCAUGUCCACACGGCUUUUUGUUGCCUAUCUGAAUAAGAUUGGCGUUAAAGCCCGCCAAUAUGAUGCCUUUGAAAUUGGGUUUAUAACCACAGAUGACUUCACAAAUGCGGACAUUUUGGAGGCAACUUAUCCAGCUGUCGCAAAGAGGUUACAUGGUGAUUGGAUAUGUGAUCCUGCUAUUCCAAUUGUUACUGGUUUCCUUGGAAAGGGAUGGAGAUCAUGUGCUGUGACUACACUGGGUAGAGGUGGUAGUGAUUUGACAGCUACAACCAUUGGUAAAGCAUUGGGGUUACGAGAAAUUCAGGUGUGGAAGGAUGUUGAUGGCGUUUUGACAUGUGAUCCUAACAUAUGUCAGCAUGCACAACCUGUACCUUAUUUGACAUUUGAAGAGGCUGCCGAACUUGCAUAUUUUGGUGCUCAGGUCUUGCAUCCACAGUCCAUGAGACCAGCCAGAGAGGCUGAUAUUCCAGUGAGGGUUAAAAAUUCAUACAACCCUAAUGCUCCUGGUACUGUUAUCACCCAUGCAAGAGAUAUGAGCAAGGCUGUAUUAACCAGCAUCGUUUUGAAAAGGAAUGUGACUAUGUUGGAUAUUGUUAGCACUCGCAUGCUGGGUCAAUAUGGAUUUCUUGCUAAGGUAUUUACAACUUUCGAAGAUUUGGGCAUAUCAGUUGAUGUUGUUGCUACCAGUGAAGUUAGUAUUUCCUUGACACUGGAUCCCUCAAAGCUUUGGAGCAGAGAGCUUAUUCAGCAGGCAAGUGAACUUGACCAUGUCGCGGAAGAACUUGAGAAAAUUGCUGUUGUCAAUCUUCUUCAGCACAGAUCUAUUAUAUCUCUCAUUGGAAAUGUGCAGAGGUCAUCACUGAUACUAGAGAGGGCAUUUCAGGUUCUUCGAACCAUUGGAGUCAAUGUUCAAAUGAUCUCUCAGGGUGCAUCCAAGGUUAAUAUCUCUUUGGUUGUAAAUGACGAUGAAGCAGAGCAGUGCGUUAGGGCUCUCCACCAGGCUUUCUUUGGAAACGAUCUCUUUGAAGUAGAGUGUGGAUCGGAGAAUGGUUCGGUCUUAGUAUCAGAGCAACAUUGAAGGAGAUUCAAUUCUUCGAUUCUUUGAAAAUGAACCGUUGGUUUACACACCAUAUGAUUUUCAGCUUUAGUCAUUAGUUCUACCAUUUCUGGGGAAAAUAUCUGCCCCUUGGGCUGUCAGUUUAGAAUUGAAGACGUGGUAUCGCCACCCAUAUUGUAUCAUGUUGGAUAAUGUAAUGCUUGUGUUGCAAGGAAUUAACUAGGAAAUAAUUAUA